CUUAGGGAGGAGUGUCCUGGGGCAGAGCAAACGAAGAGACAGAGGGACAGCGCAGCUCUCCCCCAGCUGGGCAUUCAGCUCUCUCUUCCCUCACUCUCUCAGUGCAGGCUGUGGACACCAUGAGUCUCUGGGACACUCGGUCCAGGGACCUGGACAGGUACAUUGAGGAGUAUCUCUUGCCUGAUACCACUUUUCGGACAGAGGUCCGAAGGGCAGUCGACACCAUCUCCUCCUUCCUAAAGAACAGAUGUUUCCGAGAUACAUGGAAGUCAGUUCGGGUGACCAAGGCUGUGAAGGGAGGUUCAUCUGGCAAAGGCACAGCCCUGAGAGGCCGCUCCGAUGCAGACCUGGUAGUAUUUCUCAGCGAUUUCAAAAGCUAUCGGGACCAGAUAGAGCGACGAGGAGAGUUCAUUGAGGAAAUCAAAAAACGAUUGGAAGAAUUUGAGCGUGACCAAGGUGGAAUGUUUCAAGUAAAAUUUGAGGUUAACAGAUGGACUAACCCUCGAGUGCUCAGCUUCAGGAUGACGUCGAAAAAGAUCAGUCAGUGGGUGGACUUCGAUGUGCUUCCAGCCUUCGAUGUUUUAGGCCAGGUGACCAACGGCUUCAGACCUAACCCCCAAGUCUACAUCAAACUUAUAAAUGAAUACUGGAAUGAGGGAGAAUUCUCCACUUGCUUCACAGAGCUCCAGACACGCUUCCUCAAACAGCGCUGCACCAAGCUCAAAAGUCUGAUCAGAUUGGUGAAACACUGGUAUAAAAUGUGCAAGGACAAAAUGGACAAUCUCCCCCCUCAAUAUGCCCUAGAGCUCCUGACUGUCUAUGCCUGGGAGCAUGGGAGCAAGGUAACUGAUUUCAACACAGCUCAGGGCUUCCGGACAGUCCUGUAUUUGAUAGCGCACUACCCACAGCUCAGGAUCUACUGGACCAUUAACUAUGACUUUCAGAAUGUGAUCAUUGGAGAGUACCUGCAAUCACAGCUGAAAAAACCCAGGCCAGUGAUCCUGGACCCAGCUGAUCCAACUGGUGAUGUAGGGGGUGGAAUUCGAUGGCGCUGGGACAAGCUGGCACAAGAAGCCCAACUAUGGUCAUCUGCCCCAUGCUUUCAAAAUUGGUCUGGGACCUGCGUGCAGCCAUGGCAUGUGCCGGUGGAGCAGACCCAGGAAGGAAGCAAGGGCUUUCCCCCAACCAGUUUCUCAGAAGAGGACUUCCACAUUUGCGAUCCAGUGCCAUUGGAAGUGAGCGAUUGUUACCUCCAAGGAGACCCUCCUGCCCAACAGGAGUCUAACUGCACAAUUCUCUGCAGGACCAGCCCUUUAGAAGAAACGAAACCAGCCCACGGGGCUGGGAUGUUUUUCUCCCCACUCAGAACCCUACCUGCUGAAACGGGAGCCAUGGGUCUGUACCAGACGCCGGGCAGGGCCCUGGACAAGUUUGUGCAGGAUAAUCUCAUGCCACAGAAAGGCUUUCUGGAUCAGGUGAGGCAAGCAGUGAACACCAUUUGCACGGUGCUGCGGGAGAAGUGUUUUCAGAACUCCACCUCCAGGGUCCGGGUGAUAAAAGUCAUUAAGGGUGGCUCCUAUGGCCGGGGCACGCCCCUGAGAGGUGGCUCCGACGCUGACCUCGUCGUCUUCCUCAGCUGUUUCAAGGCCUAUGCUGACCAAGGGGCCUGGCAGCCAGAUGGCUUCGAUGAGAUCCGGGCCCAGUUGGAAGCCUGCUGGCAGAAACACCCACAGGCCUUGAGCCUCCAGUUCUGCGCCCAGGGGGAUCCUCAAGCUUUGAGAUUCCGGCUGGGGUCAGCCACGCUCCACAGCUGGAUGGACGUUUCGCUGAAGCCUGCUUUCGAUGCCCUGGGGCCUCUCAACCCUGGCUCCAAACCUAGACCCCAGGUCUACGUAGACCUCCUCAGCAAUGGCUCUCCAGCAAGCACCUACUCUGAAUGUUUUACUGAGCUCCAGAGGGAUUUUGUCAACAGCCGCCCCUCUAAGCUGAAGAAUCUCAUUCUUCUAGUGAAACACUGGUACCAGCAGGUUACAUCACAGUAUGAGGCAGGCCAACAAGAUGACAAUUAUUUGCCUCCGGUCUAUGCCCUGGAGCUCCUGACCAUCUAUGCCUGGGAACAAGCAGGAAAGAAGGAAAAAUUCCACACGGCUGAAGGCUUCCUGACAGUCCUGAGCCUAAUCCGGAACUACCAGCAGCUCUGUGUCUACUGGACAAUCAACUACGACUUUGAGGAUAAGGCCAUCAGGAGUUGCCUACAAAAACAGCUGGGAAAGCCUAGGCCCCUGAUCCUGGACCCAGCAGACCCAACCUGGAAUGUGGGCCAGGGGAGCUGGGAGAGGCUGGUCCAGGAAGCUGAAACAUGUGGGUGUCAGCCCUGCUUUGUGCAUGGGGACGGGUCUCCAGUGCAACCAUGGGAUGUGAUGCCAACUCUGCUUCAACAAACUCCAUCCUGGGACCUGGACAGCUUCAUCAGUAAAUUCCUCCAGCCCAACCGAGAAUUCCUGGGUCAGGUGAGCAGAGCCGUGGACAUCAUCUGCUCAUUUAUGAAAGAAAACUGCUUCCGGAAUUCAUCCACUAAGGUGCUCAAAGUAGUCAAGGGAGGCUCUUCGGCCAAGGGCACCGCCCUGAGGGGCCGCUCCGAUGCCGACCUCGUAGUGUUCCUCAGCUGCUUCUGUGGAUUCGCCGACCAAGGGACCAACCGCGCGGAAAUCAUCGCAGAAAUCCGAGCGCAGCUGGAAGCCUGCCGGCGGGAGAAGCAAUUUGACGUGAAAUUUGAGAUCUCCAAAUGGGAGAAUCCCCGGGUGCUCAGCUUCACGCUGACGUCCAAGACCCUGGACCACAGUGUGGACUUCGAUGUUCUUCCUGCCUUCAAUGCUUUGGGCCAGUUGAGCUCAGGCACAAAACCUGAUACCCAGGUCUACAUUGAUCUCAUCAACAGCUACAAUAAUGGAGGCGAAUUCUCCUCCUGCUUCACAGAACUGCAGCGAGAUUUUGUUAUCUCUCGCCCCACCAAGCUGAAGAGUCUGAUCCGCCUGGUAAAGCACUGGUACAAACAGUGUAUGAGAGCUCCCAAAGGGAGAGGAGCACUCCCCCCACAGUAUGCACUCGAGCUCUUGACCAUCUAUGCCUGGGAACAGGGGGAUGGGACACCACAGUUCAACAUGGCUGAAGGCUUCAGGACAGUCCUGGAACUGGUCCAGAAUUACAAGAACCUCUGUAUCCACUGGAAGGUUAACUAUAACCCUGAAAAUGAGAUCAUCAAAAAUUUCCUUACUCAGCAACUCCGGAAACCCAGACCAAUCAUCCUGGAUCCUGCCGACCCAACUGGGAAUCUGGGCCAUGGCACCCGCUGGGACCUAUUGGCAAAGGAAGCUGCCUCCUAUGCAAAUUCUGUAUGCUGUGCAAACAAGUCUGGGGACUUUGUCCAGCCCUGGGCGUUGAAGGUCUCUUCAUGAACCUGGAAUAUCCUGUUUCUGAACCCCAAAUUCUUCAUCAUGUGGACAACUUGGCUAUCACCCCCUCUGUAGAGCUGAGAUGCAAGAUCUUCUGACAGAUGUGUGCAUAUAAAAACCCAGCCCUAGCCACCUCUCCAUUUCCCCCAGGGAUUGUCUUAACUAUGACCUAUUCUCCCUUUGAGUACUGUUGCGGACCCUUUUCCCAUUUCUCACCCUAUAAUGAUGGUCCUUACCUGUGCUUCAGUCAUCUGUCCUCUGUUUUCUUGUGUAUGUUGUCUUCUUCAGAGAGUUCAUUCCUUCCCAUGAUGUUAGUUAUCAUCUCUGCAGAUGCCACCAAACCACCCAACUCCAGCCCUGAUCUCUGUCCUGAACUUCACCAGGGUGACCUAGCAGUACCUCAAAUUCAGCAUAUUUAAAGCUGAAUCACAAAUGCCAGACUUGUAGGCAUGCAGAUCUGGGUUCAAUUCCUUCCUCUGACAUUUUCACUAGUUGCUCAGUCAUGGACAAGUCAUUUCAUUUCUGAGAG